AUGGCGAACGUCCGUCGGGGCACUGAUCGUAUUAAGUCAUUAUUUAAUAUGGUCAUUAAAGUGCACGGACACGUACCGAAGUCUCAAUCGCCGCAUACGAAGCACACGUGGUUUUCUGUAAUUGAUUAUUCGUUUUCCAUACGGAAUGCGAGAACGCGACUUCAUCAAUUAGACGACUGUCGCGAAUCCGUGAUCGGAUCGGUAAAAAUAUAACGAUGCUAUUUUACAAUAAUAAUAUUAUUAUUGUUUCGCGAAUGCGGUAUUUGAGAAGCGGUUGUCGCUCGAUUUUUUUUAUUGUUUCAUAAGUUUUAUGCUGGUGGGCGUAUGAAAACAACCGAAUAUUAGUUUAUCUAUUUAAUAAAAAUGACAGGUGAACAUAUAAUUGGCACGUAUCGGUAAUAUUGACGGGCCAAAACUGGAUAGAACUGCGGGGUACGUAUUUUGUGUUCAUAUUCAUUUUUGUUACGUGAAUAUAUUGUGUUUUCGGGGUGGUGGGUCGUUCGCAAAUUUACGAGAAAAUUUCGUCGUAACGCGAAAAAUGUGACGCCGUGUCUAUAUCAAAUCCAGUUCCAUAGUAAUAAAUAAUACAACACAAACUAUAUUAAAUAUAAUAGUUUUUGCGAUACCGGAAAGUGUGAGAGAGGGGAGGAGAAGAUUUUUUUAAAAUUCGGGCUUCUAAUCCCGAAAAAAUACGUACAAUACACUGCCCCCCCCCACUUUUUUGGAUUUUGAAUUUUCAAGAACUCUACCAUAGUUCGUCAUUUGUUUAAAAUUAGUUUGACAUAUUUCACCUAUUUAACCGAAACAGCAGAUCGCUAUCAUUCAUCUCAACCGACUACAAAAUUUCAAAAAUAAUUUUAAUAAUUAGAUAAUUUAUAUCAUUUUAUUAUAAUUGUUAGGAAGGUUCUUAUUUAAGGUUAUAUGUAAAAAAAAAAAAGGUCAUUCGAAACUUUAUUAAGACACUGGCAUGUCCCUCCCUGAGAAAUUUCCUGCGGACGGCCAUGCGUACUUAUAUACUAUUACGGGAAUAACAAAACACCUCUAGAAUAACUAGAAUAAUUUCUGUGGCUUGGUGCAAGAAGGGCCAAUAUCACAUAUUGUGAUUAUUGAGAAAAUGGUCUAUGAAAUUUUAAUUCCCCAUAAGGCUCUUUGUAUUUUAUUAAAUGUAAACGUUUGUGUAAUUUUUAAUUUUAAUUUGAUAAAUAAAAAAUUUUACAUUUUUUGUUUUUAUUUUUAAAUGAUUUUUUUUCAAAAAAUUGACAUUGGCCCUUUUGCACAAAGCCACAGAUUUAUAUUUGACUUUAUUGAAUUUGUAUGUUUUUCAAAACCUUAACACAACCACAUGCCACCCUUCCAUCAUUAGUAUUUCGGUUAUAACGAUGACUGUAGAAAGUCCAAACAAAUGACAGACUUCACGGUGAUUGUAUUGAAAAACCCGAAAAUCCAAAAAGGAUACGCGGUGUAACGUACGUCGAAUACGUAAAAUCCGCGAUUCUAUACAAUAAUGAUGUAUGUUUGUUCGCGCAGCGGAGAAAUGUUUACAAUUUAUACAUUUUUUUUAUAUAUAUAUAUAUAUAUAUAUAUAUACGAGCACCACUUACCGAUUUUUCAAGUGAACGCCGUCGGUCGCACGGUAGGUGUCGCGGUGAACUUCUGCAACUGGAUUCGCGUGUACGUUAUUGUAAUAUCGAGUAAAAAACAGGAUAAUAAUAAUAAUAAAAAAAAAAAAAAUCCGCGGACUAAUAUAAAUACUAUCGUAGGCGGGUUUUAAUGUGCAGGCGAGAAACCGUGUACAUGCGCGCGAGCACAAACACACACACACGAGUAUUAUAAUAUGUUAUUAGGUAUUUUAUAUUGUAAUUAUUUACGGGUUUUUUUUAAAUUUUUUUAUUACGAUUCUCUUUCGUUUCGAUAUUUUUGUUUUUGUUUUCCUUUUCGUACGACAACCCGAGUGUUAUAACGAUAUUAUCAGGAUAAUAUUCAGCGGCCGGUGCAACGAUAAACGUACCAAUGGACGUGUGAUUGAUUCCCAGUGACCUUUUUAUACGGUUCCCACUCCCCGCCCAGGCCGGCCGCGUGUUUCGCGCCGGGGUUCUCCGGGCAGCGACGCGAGCGGGAGACAUCCUCUCCAUCACUCCCCGCAAUACGGGUCUUAUUAUUAUAUAUAUAGGUAUAUAGGUACCGAUACCAUAUUUUUAUUAAUUAGGUUCGACGUAGGUCUCCCGUCGUCGACGGGUUUUAUUUUUUGUUAUUGUUUUUACGCGCGCGUAUAUACGGACCCUCUCGAAUCGUUUAUUACUAUCGUUUUUUUUUUUUGCUCGUAGCGUACCUUUAUGCAUUAAUAUUUUUACCAUCAAUACGAGUACCUAUAUAAUAUGAUGUAGUAUAUUAUAUUUAAUAUAUACAAGGCCGGUGAAAAAAAAAAAAAACAAACGAGUUUCUUUUGAUCGCAUACGCAUACAAUACACGCCGCACACAAUACGUAGUACGACCUACUCGUAUUAAACAAAUUGUAUUAUUGUCAUUAUUAUACCGUGCAGUGUCUUAUUAGCUGUUGACGACGCAAAAACAACAUCGAUACACAAACGGUCGCGAUUUAUUAGACCGCGGUUUUCGAGACGUGUGUCGGGUGUGACGAUGAUGUACAUAGGUAUAUAUAAGUAUGUCCUCCUGUAGUCAGUUUCCCGCCGGAACAACGUGCUCACGCAACGCGAAAAGCGACGGUAACGUUCGACAAACCCGCGGGGCCAUAACGACACUAUACACAUUCGCGAGCGCGCGCGAAAAAGGUGUCAGAGUCGAGAUUUUGGGAUUUUUCAAUUGAACAUGUGAAAUAGUUUUUCACCGGAAACGCAAAAUCGGCGUUUCAACGUUUAGCCAUAAUUUAAGUACUGUACGAGUUUACAUAUUUAUUAUACUAUGUUGUUCCGUAUAUUUUUCAAUGUGUAUUUUCAUCAGGGCCGGUUUGAAGGCGGUGCAAACUGAGCACCGCGCUUUUGGAGGUCCCGCGUCUAGUUGUUAUCAUAUAGCUAGAUAGUAAUUUCACAUGAUUAUUUAGGAAAAUACAAAAUUAAAAUUAACGAAUUAGGAAUAAUUUAUUGUAUUAUAAAGAUUCAUCUACACUUGAUAUUACAGAUGAUGAAAAAGCAGAAAAAAGCUGAUGAGAUCCCGCAAAAAUUACUGCUCAAGGUCUUGAUAUUUUUCAAGCCGGUCCUGAUUUUCAUAUUUUUUAACGGUCGAAAGUCGGGUAUUUUUUUUUUUUGUCAGUGACUUAUUUAUUAUGCACAUUGAUUUAAACAAUUUUUCAGUGACUUAAUUUAAUUGACUCUAGAUUCAAUAAACGUGUAAUGCGUGGGUUAAAUUGAAUUAACUUUUCUUACACGGCGCAUUUAAAAGAUGAAUAUCGAAUUUAAGUGACUGCAGUUUGUGACGUAAUUUGAAACGCACUAAAUCCUUUAACGAGUUAUUUCUCUUUUAAGUUUGAGUCGAGGGAUAGUGGUAUAUUACUAAAACUCCACGCGCUGUGCCACCACACACAAUUUUAUGCUUCGUUACUUUCCUCGACCGAAACUAAAAAGUGUAUAUCUCGACGAAUAUCUCGUCAACGGUUUGACGGAAAUCAAAAAUGUCAACAACAAAAUUUAUUUUAAUUAAUACUCAAUUUAUGAAUGGGAUUUUUAAUAUAGGUUGUUGUUUCAAAAUCAAAAGUAGGUUGUGGUUUUACUUCCAAAAAUAAGGGUGACAAAAAAUAACAUAAAUAACUAUAGAGCAGCUUGUUAGGUUGCAAUGUUCUAUAAAACAAAUUCCGAUAAAAGUUAAUACUUUCUUAGGUAAUAAGCGUAUCCACUUAAAUAGAACACCAUGUAUAUAUUAGCGUUGACCAAAAAUAAUUUUUGGAAUUUUAUAUACACUAGGUAUGUUAUACAAUUGUAUAAUUGUUUAGAUAAUAAUUUAUUUUUACAUUUAUAAUAAUAUAUAAAUUAUGUAAAAUAUUUUAGGUGCUAUAAAAAGUGGACAUCGUAGUACUAACGAUUUAUGGACAUUGGAUGGUUUUGGGGCAGAUAUAUUAGCUUGUGUUAUGUCUGAAAAACGGUUUUUAUUUCUUAUAAGAUGCAUUCGGUUUGAUGACGUUCGUGGCCGUUUAGAGCGAAAAAAAUUGACAAUAUGACAGCAAUACGUAAAAUAUUUGAAGACUUCGUCAAAAACUGUAAUUCUUGUUACAAAAUUUUAGAAUACGCAGCAAUUGAUGAAGAACUUCAGUCUUUUAGAGGCCGAUGUUCAUUUAGAGUUUAUAUGCCUAAUAAACCAGCGAAAUACGGUCUUAAGUUAUUUGCACUUGUUGAUAGUGUAAAUUAUUACACAAAUGAUUGUGCAUCACAGUAUGAAAAGCAAACAUACCUUCCUUCCGCAAUACGUCUGGUCUCGUCCGAUAGCCCAGAUUUUCCUUUAUUGAUGAAAUAUGGCGCUAAUUUAUUAGCACUGCUAGACACGGCCAAUAAAUGUUUACGUUUUUGUAAAUGCUCUUUAAUAUUUUUUAUUUACCCACCAUGUUCUAUUGAGAAUAUAGAUUUACACUAG